GCAUUUGUUUCAAUGAGUAAUAUAAAAGAUGAAAACGUUCAAUAUAUCGGUCAUCGGUCUCUCGGGGACUGAGAAGGACCGAGGACAAGUUGGUGUUGGCAAAUCGUGUUUAUGUAACAGAUUUAUUAGGCCCAUGGCCGACGAUUAUUUCAUUGAUCACAUAUCAGUUUUGAGUCAGAGCGAUUUCAGCGGGAGAGUUGUUAACAAUGAUCACUUUCUUUAUUGGGGAGAUGUGCUCAAGACGACCGAUGAAGGCUCCGAAUACUCCUUUCAUAUUGUCGAACAGACGGAAUUUAUGGACGACUCCACAUUCCAGCCCUUCAAGGUGGGUAAAAUGGAGACCUACUUGAAGAGGUGCACCAGCACAAAAGUAUUUUCGGCCGAAAAACUUAUGUACAUCUGCAAAAAUCAAUUGGGAAUAGAAAAGGAAUAUGAGCAGAAAAUAAUGCCUGAUGGUAGGCUGGCAAUCGAUGGUUUUGUUGUGGUGUUUGAUGUGAGCCCUGUGCCAAAUAGAAAUAUCGAAAAACAGGUUGAAUUUGUACAAAAUGCAAUUACUUUAAUACUGAAAAACAAAAAGCCGUUGGUGCUCGUGACCACCAAAAAUGAUGAUUCCUGUGAUCUGUAUGUGCGGGAGGCGGAAAAAAUUUGCCAACGCAAGGAGUACAAGGGCAUGAUACAAAUGGUGGAGACAUCGGCCCACGAAUCAAUAAAUACAGAUUUGCCAUUCCUUCUGCUGGCCCAAAUGAUCGACAAAGUGAAAAAUCGCAUAAAAAUCAUACCAUAUCAAGAAGCUGCAAGAUCGCGCAAGGAACUUUUGGAAAGUCGUUCUGAAGCAGUUACUCGUCUCAUACGCAAUCAAAUAACGGAUUAUCAUGUGUUAUGGACACAUGGCUCAAAAAUGCUUGCUCAAUUCCGCGAAUGGACAGAAUUCUUGAAUAUUUUUGGUCAUGAUGCCGGGCAGAAACUAUUCCGGAGACACAUGAAAAAGUUGCGUGAUGACUACAUGAACCAGCGCCUACAUCAGUAUUUGGAUAAGUUUGCCCGCACUCUUGAGUACAUGUUGCCGGACAUUAAUGCCCUUUCCACGAGCGACGAUGAUAUUUGGGAAUGUGCCAAGAGCUAUAUGAGAAAUCAUGUGGAAUUUGAUCAGUACUUUUUUGAGUGCCCGCAGGCUUCGUGGCAGGAAUUGGUAGACAUGGAUGAAACCGAAGAUGAAGUUCGCAUACCUUUCGAUAUUUUAGAAACAUCAGAGGCCGAGACAGUAUUUCGUAAUUUUCUAAACUCUGUUCAACAGGACAAGAAGAAAAUUGGAUGGAAACAACAGUUUAAAAUGCUAUUGGAAGAAUCUGGAUUCGUUACUCCGGGCAAACAACUAUCUGAAGUUCGUGUUCUCUUUAUGGGGCGCGAAUGUUUUGAAGCCUUGUCUGAACACGACUGUCAGCAAAUUUAUGAUAUACACCAGGACGAAAUCAUUGAAAAGAGCAAGCAAAAUUUCAUUGAACUUCUUCUGGAACAUGCCCAGUUUUUUCAACAAUUCAAAAACGUUGAUAUUAUAACACAAGAGGAUGUCCGGCAAAUUACUGAUAUCCUACAGGAUGACUCCAGGUAUAAAAUAAUGGAUCGGCUAGAUCAGGAGAGGCGAGUUAUUCUAUUCCAGCAUUUAGGAUUUAUGCACUGUCCCAUACGUGAUCAUUGCCCAUUUUAUCACAGUUGCGUUGACAACUUCAUUGAAGAGAUUUUGGCCGACAAGUCCGGUGGUAGCCAUAAAACACUUGGCAGUGGUGGAAGUGGCAGUUGGAAAUCUCAGGGAUCUGAUAAAACACUGAAUUUGUUAAUUGUGGGAUCCGAGCACUUGGCUAGCGAUUUACUCAACGACAUACGCAUGUGCACCGGUUCCAAAGGGGAAUAUAUCUACGAAAAUCAAACAUAUUAUCUAAAUUAUCGCAUAGCGAAUGGUGAUAUGGAAGCAUUUAAGGCCAUUGAUGUUUAUUCCAGUGGUUUGAUCUGUGUAUACUCAAAUCUGCAGUCUUUUGAAACUCUUAAAGACAACCUAGAGCGCACUCUACUCUGCAAUUUGGAACUGGAAGACAAAUUUGAAAAUCUUCCUAUUGUGUUGGUGUACCAGCCACACGACUUGAAAGAAAACGAAGUUGAGUACUUACGCAACGAAGGUUUGCGUUUGGCUGAAAUGCUUCACUGUGAUUUUAUUGACCACCAACAAAGCCAUCAGAAAUAUGUCUAUGAAAUUUUGAAUAUUGUCAUCGAUUCCCUACGAGUAGCCGAAAUGAAAACACUUGAGACAUUUCCACCGAAUCAAACAGAUCUUCGUAUAUUGGUGUGCAUGUUUUGUGGCGAUCAGUAUGAUAUUGAAAACAUCAUCAAUCCAUUGAUUGAUGAAUCAACAUUCUGCAAGGCACUUGAACAUUCCGUGGUGGUGGACGUUUUCAUUGGAGACUCCAAGAAAAGGGUUGAAUUUAUACUAUCAUCAUACCAUGGAAUAAAUCAAUAUCGCGAUGAAUUGAUACAUGGAUUCAUAUUUGUAUAUUCCACAAAGAGACGUUCAUCAUUGGCUAAUCUAAGCGUUCUGGUUUCGCAAAAUGCAAAUAUACCGUUGCAAAUUAUAGCUAUAACGGAAAGCGGUGGUGCAAAUGCAUUUUUCAGCAGUGAACUAUGUCAAUUUCUCAUCACAGAAGGGAACGCUUUGGCUGAUCGUUAUAAGGCCAGUUUUAUGACAUUUUCUGCCGAUCAGUAUGUAAAAUUUGCUUUUUAUAGUCCAUUUUUGAAGAAUGCUUGGGAUAACAAGUAUGACGUAGAAAAUCUACACGUUGAAGAGUCAAUUACUUUGGAUUCAGGUGAGGGAACACUUGAAAAUUCCGUCAAGUUGCCACGACCCCCACCGCGUCACGAAAGCUAUAUGCUAUCAAGUACCCUAGGUACUGAUGGUUCCGGCAGUGAAAAUUACGAAAUGCUUCCUACACGUUCUCUAAACUCAUUAAAUGAAGAAAGAGACAUAUCUUUAGAUGAAAUCUAUGAAGAAAGCAACGAAAAACCAAAAAUGAUCCAUCAGAGAUUCCAGAUAUUUCCACCUCCAACAACUCCUCCAGAGCCAGCUCCUCCAGAUCAUCAGCUCAUUACAUGCUCAUAUAAGAGUCAAUUUGUGUCAGCUUCCGAGUCUAGUUUGGAAGAAAUAACAUCGGAUGUAAGCGGGUCAAAGGAUUCAUUGGCAACCCACGAUGCAGAAUGGUUGGAUGAAAAAUCAGAUGCGCGGCGCAAUGCCAAUAAAAAUUCAAUUUGGAAUAAUUUUGGUGGCUCAACCCACGCAUACACAACUGGUCGUAGACACAUAGAUUCUAAUUUGAAUAAAAUUCGUCCAAAAGGUCCAAGUCAGACCCUAAAGCAACCAGGAAAAUUAAAUAUGAAAAAUUUUCAAUUAGUUAGUGAUGCAGUAGCUAAAAUGAAUUUUGGAGGAAACACUUAUUUGCCAAUUUGUGAGAGUGGAGAUAAGGACGGUAAACGUUAUACCCAAUUUGAUUAUUCCCACUUGGAUGGUGACGAAGAAGACUCCGAAGAAUUGGCUGAGUAUGAACAAAUUUAUGAAAAUGAAGACUGUACUGAAUCUGAUAGUUGUGCUAGUUCUAUAGAACGAAAAAAUCGGCAACAAAAUGCCUACUAUAAACAAAUAAACAAGAAACCACCCGUCAAUAAAAAGACAAAAAAGAAGAAAGUUGCUAUACCGGUACAAACUCCGCGCGUACCCACAAUGUUUGGCUCAUACGUAAGCCCACCAGAAAUACCAUUACAUUACCAGAGAAUGGUUACUGCCGAGAAAAAAAAAAAUAGCGACCCUUCUUUAGUUAAUGAUAUGAUAAAAACCGAUAAAUCUCCUGAGUACACAAUGGUGCCAGAUAAUCCUGGCCUUUUCGGUGCUCCAGAAAAUCUUAAUGAAUACAAUAUGAAUGCUAAAUGUUUAAAGGAAUUUGAAAAGUCCGAAAAACGUCGACUUAAAGAGGAAAGUACAAGACUGCGAAAAUUGCAGGAGAAGGAAAAGGAACAAGAGAAGAAACUUAAACGUAAAUUAAAACAAAACUCCAAGGGUUUCCCCGACACAGAAUCUCAAUUUGAAAAACUUAUGAUCUCGGACAAGGUGGAAAUUCCUAUAUUUUUAAUCAAGUGUAUAGAAUAUAUAGAAAAAGAAGGUUUGGAUUCAGAGGGCAUAUAUCGAGUACCCGGAAGUCGUGCUCAUGUGGAUUUAUUGUUCCAGAAGUUUGAAGAAGACUCAAAUACUGUUAUCGAACUUUUGGAUAUUCCCGUCAAUGCUGUUGCAACAGCUCUCAAGGACUUUUUCUCAAAAAGAUUACCGCCACUGUUUAGCAAGGACAUAAUCAAGGAAUUGGAAGAAGUGGCAGGUUCUCGCACUGUGUGUGGUUCAAAAGUAAACGUUGAAGUUAAAACCGAUAGAAGUUGUCGAUUAAUGGCUUUAAAAACGUUGCUGGAAAAAUUGCCGCCUGUAAACUUUGAAAUUUUGAAAUACAUCUUUCAACAUUUUGUGCAUGUUUCCGAUAAUUCCAAACUUAACAGUAUGGAUAGUAAGAAUUUAGCCAUAUGUUGGUGGCCAACAUUGAUUCCUAUUGAUUUUACGGAUAUGGGCCACUUUGAGCAGUUGCGUCCCUACUUAGAAGAUAUUGUACAAACGAUGAUAGAUCAAUAUCCAUAUCUAUUUUGUGGUGAAGAUGCAUUUGUCAUGGUAUAAACCACCAGUAUUUCGUUUCUAUUUAUUUAUUUUUUCGGUUAAUAUAUAUGUACGUGUGUUUAUGUGUUAUUA